GUUACCAUUGGGAAAUAAUUGACGGUGCAUUCGUCCAAUCGCCAAGCGAAUGGAAGAGUUGGGAAGGCGGGGCUGAGGCCGCCAUUUCGUGAAUGAGGUAUUGGCGAUUGCAAUCGGCCCAGGAUGGUGAAGCUGUUCGUGGGGAAAUUGCCACCGGAGGUGCGGCGGGACGAGGUGCAGCCGCUGUUUGAGCAGUUUGGUCGGGUGAGCGAGUGCGACUUGGUGAAGGAUUAUGGCUUUGUGCACAUGGAAGAUGUUGAAGCAGCGCAGAGGGCGAUUUCCCACCUCAAUCAUUACAAACUUCGGGGAUUCUCCAUUAUUGUUGCAUUCAGCAAGAGCAAGAUUAUAUCCUCCUCCAAGCUGCAUGUUGCCAACGUCAGCUCCCGCUGCAAGAAGCAAGAGCUGAGGUCACUGUUUGAGAAAUAUGGACCAGUUGUCAAAUGCAGGAUUGUAAAGAAUGAUGCCUUUGUGGAAAUGGAGAGAGGGGAGGAUGCCAAAGAAGCAAUGAGAGCCCUUAGUGACACAGAUUUCAAAGGAAAACGCAUCUAUGUUGAAUUGUCGAAGAGCAAAGGGUGGAAAGAUCCCAGGAGACAUUGUCACAAGUGUGGUAAGGAGGGCCACUGGUCUGCAGACUGUCCAAGAAUACGAAGCAAUUUGGAAGAGGUAUAUCCCCAUGAUGGCUCUGACCCUUUCUCAGUGUCUCUGCAACCUGUAUCAGGAUACGGAGAUCAAUCUGUCUGCAGCAGCACGGAUCAGUGCGAGUUCAUCGAUUACUAUGCCAAAUAUAGGACACGUCCAUAUAAGGCGAUGGGAGAGCCCAUUUCUGACUGGCAGCUGCCUCCACCUGUAAGGUCUUCCUCAAACAAUUCUGCCCCCAGUUCAUUCGAGCAGCACUAUGUGGCUCUGCAAAAUGCAUGUUACAGCCAGGAAUGGAAACCUUUGCAGACACCACACCUCCUACGUCCUUCGAACAGUGGAGAUAGUUUGGAGUGUCCACAGCUUUUCCCAUCUCUGAUGCUCAGUCAACCCCUUUAUGAUCAGGCGAGUUCGGCCAAUGACACUUGUGCAGAUUCUGUGUACUGAUUCUGAGGUUCCGUCUCCUGUGACUCAAAAGCACUGGCAUCUGUUGCACAUUGCACUGACUGCACCUAAAUCAGGAAUCUUGGUGACGACACAGUAGAGAUUUUAAAAUCUGAAUCCUGAGGUUGAAGCAAGUUCAUGUUGCAAUAUUGUCUAAAACUACAAUUAUUUACAAUAUGAAUUAGGUUGCCAGUUUGCAAUUUCUGGAAUUCUGCCAAGUGUACUUGGAGAUCAUUUUAUUUUCCCUCCUACAUGAUUUCAUCCAUUAUGUACCAGUCAUCAUGUUGAUACUUGGUAGAUGAAAUUCUUUGUGUGCCUGGAUCAAUUAUGGAGUGCACAUCACAGGGGUAUUCUGCCAGUGUCUGAUCUAUAUAUUCAAGUGACUCAUUUUCAUUGAGGCAAGGUUGUCUUUAGUCUUUGCCACUACAGAGGAAUUUGAAUUUUCCCAACUUCAACUUUUGUGCAAAAUGUCAGAAAAUGCUCUACAACUGAUUAGAGUAGAAAUUAACUAAAUGACACACACUGCUAAACACAAUGCUCUAAGAGUGUUUUGUUCUUGAUUUUAAAAUGUAGAGAAACACUUGGAAUGGUGAGUUCUGGUAUGUUUACCUGUUUGUUAGUUUGUACAGUAUCAUCCUCAUUCAUGUUUAACAAUUGAAAAAUUCACAGGAGCUUGAGUAUUUGCAAGCUGUGAAACUUCUUGCAAGUGUGUAGCUGGUCUGAGCAUGGCUUUGUGAAUUGCAUUUGAUGACAGAAAUGAAUGUAUCCUGUUUGGUCAUUGGAACAUUUUAAGAUUCCAUAGCCAGAGAAUGGCAGUUAGGGGGAAGGAAAAGCAAAUUCAUAUUCAAUGUGUGUAUCUAGAAGAGUUCAAUCUGAUUUAUGUGUACUAUAUUUCACAUUCCAUGAAUGAAACUCUACCAAAAUCAUUGCGCUCAAGUUAUUACAUCCAGGUAAGUUGACUGAAUGUGCUUGGGAGAUGGAAAGCAGAAUAGAGCUGGAAUUUGGGAAAGCAUUGACAUGGAAUUGCACAGUGCAAAGAUCUACUUAUUGGAUGAUGUGUGGCAAGUGGUAUAAUUUUAAGAGUUGUAGACUUUCCAUUGAUUUGUCAGUGAUGCCUUUUUUAAUAUUCAGUUUCAUAUUACACUGAAAAACAGUUCUGGCAACAGGUGGCUGAUAUUUUUUCCUUCUCUGCUAUCCUUUUUGUGCAUUGAAUAGGUUUGUAAAAGAUGCUAAUAUAAAUACUAAUGUAAAUACGGAGUGGGGAAUAAAAAUGAAGUUUUUCAUUAA